AUAUUUGUAUUUGAGCCUUUGAAAAAGCUCAUUUUUUAUAAAUUGUUUAUUCCUCUUGCACCAUUAUUUUAUAUAAUACGUGUAAUUUAACAUUUCAUUGGUCCUAUUUCCGCGCCUAACGUUGACAGGCAGUGCUUAGGUCUCUCCUAAACAUGGCCACCAUGAUGGAGUAAAUGCUUCAACUUUAAAUUUCACAUUUUCAGAAGAAAACUUAAUUUUCUGUAUUCUAACAGGAAUGUUCCAACGGAAGACAUUAUGUCAAACAUAAUCCAUAUGAAAUAUUUGAAGAAAGUUUCUUGUUGGAUUUAAUACUGGUUUAAGUUGGCUGGAAGCUGGAAAGGAAAAAAAAGAAUUGCAUCAAUUCCGUAAGCGUUUUCUUUUCUCUCGAUAGUUUUAAAGCUUUAACAAACCUUUUGUGGGAAUUUACAAGUUGUGGAUAUAUCAUUAUUGCAAUCAUUUUACUGUGAAGAAUUCAAGAAACGAUUGGGAUGUAUAAUAUCAUUUUGAUGCGUUUUCCAGUGGAAAGUGAAUCUUGGUGGUCGAAAGGAGAGAAGUAACGUUUGUGUUAACUGGUUGACGUACUUUUAUAAGCCAAGAACCGAAGAAUACAUAAAGGAAUAUAUCAGUUCAUGUAUGGUUUUGAGGCGCCGAAAGUGCACCGGUCGUUUCCCCAUAUUUUUGAAUUGGUGGAAGAUCGAGUCAACGAUACCCCCCACCCCACUUAUAAUAAACGAAAGUAUUACAUUUCUCAUAUGCCUUUAAAGGUCAUGAAGGAAAUUAAUCUACACUUCUAGGGUUUAAAAGAAUGUCAUCAGAGUACAAGAGUCUGGAUCCCUCUGACCACGGACCGUCUCCUCCCCUGAGCAGCACUGGGGGGGGCUCCCCUUCAGACAGCCCCUCCCCUGCCUCCACAGACAGGCGCCCCCGUGGCCGGCCUCGUAAGGAUGCAGGCGCGCCCACGCGAGUACCCACACAAAAGAAGGGUCGUAGCAGAGGCCAGUCCCAGGAUGAGGACAGCAUGGACGGGACGGAAACCACUGAAGCCCAGAACAUGCAGGAGAUGGAAGUUAAGGAGCUGGUCCUGGAUGUUGAGGAGGUCAUCGUGCCCCUGUUGUCCAGCCCUGUGCCCAGCCCCAGGGACGACAGACCCCUUUCUCCACUAUUCCAGCGCUCUGUGUCGGAGGACUCAGCAGGAUCCUCUGCCUCGGCCUUGGAGCACGCCAAAAUCCGUGAAAAGCUGUGUGCCUUCUGCUACAGUGGGGAGAAGAGUUUCCUGGGCCAGGGCGACCUGAUGGUGUUCGGCCCCACGCCCGGCUACGUGCCGCUGCACAUCCGCAACCGCCGCGGAAGCUCAGAGAAAGACGACGACUACCACGAGGACGACUUCCAAGACGACGACCACGACACCAAGAGCCCGGGGCAGCGCGACAGCGGGAGGGGACUUAAAAAGGUCAGCUCUCCGGACAGUGGUCUGCACUCCUCUUCGGCACCCGGCAGCACGGACCCCUUCAGCGAGGAGCCGGCCCCCAAGUUCUGGGACGAGCUUGGUCAGAUCGGCCUCCCCGACGACAUCAACGUCCAGUCCCUGUUUGACCCCACAGGCCAGUGCUGUGCCCACCUGCACUGUGCCGCCUGGUCCGAGGGGGUAUGUCGCGGCGAGGCCCAGGACUCGCUGCUCUAUGUGGACAAAGCCAUAGACUCUGGGAGCACAGAGUGCUGUGCAUUCUGUAAGCGCCUUGGGGCAUCCAUCAAGUGCUGUGAGGAGGGCUGCUGCCGCUCGUACCAUUUCCCCUGCGCUGCCGCCGCCGGAACAUUCCAGGACCUGCGCCGACACACCCUCCUCUGCCCUGACCACCUCCAGCUGGCCUCACAAACAUCUAAAGAGGAGGUGAAGUGCUUGUUGUGUGACAGUGCUGGGGACCUGCAGGACCAGCUCUUCUGUACCGCGUGUGGGCAGCACUACCACGGGGCGUGUUUGGACGUGGGUGUUACCCCCCUGAAGAGGGCCGGCUGGCAGUGCCCCGAGUGCAAAGUCUGUUUGACCUGCAGGAACCCGGGAGAGGACAGCAAGAUGCUGGUGUGUGACAUGUGUGACAAAGGCUAUCACACCUUCUGUCUCCAGCCUGCCAUGGAAUCCAUCCCCACCAAUGGCUGGCGAUGCAAGAACUGUCGGGUGUGUUCUCAGUGCGGAGUCAGGCAGGCAGGCCACUGGGGCCACAACAUCACACUGUGUGAGAGUUGCCACACACGACCGGAGGAGCCCGCCCUUUCGUGUCCGCUGUGUGGGAGGGGCCAGGGCCCCACGGACGUCCCCAAGGAUGACCUCCUCAACUGCCAUACCUGCAAAAGGUGGCUUCAUGGGGAGUGUGAGAAGCAGGCAGGGGGCGACCUGGACCUUCACCCCCAGGCCGACUACGUCUGUACACAGAGGGACAUGGUGGAAACCCCAGCCAGCCCCAUCCAGGAACCCACAGAACCAGAACCAGAGCCAACUAUGGAUGUUUUCAUGGCUGUGGUGGAGGUGGUGGUGCCGCUUUUGGAAGGGGCGUGCCCUGUCCCUCGGCUGGAGCAAGGGGCGUGCCCUGUCCCUCGGCUGGAGCAAGGGGCGUGCCCUGUCCCUCGGCUGGAGCAAGGGGCGUGCCCUGUCCCUCGGCUGGAGCAAGGGGCGUGCCCUGUCCCUCGGCUGGAGCAAGGGGCGUGCCCUGUCCCUCGGCUGGAGCAAGGGGCGUGCCCUGUCCCUCGGCUGGAGCAAGGGGCGUGCCCUGUCCCUCGGCGGGAGCAGGGGGCGUGCCCUGUCCCUCGGCGGGAGCAAGGGGCGUGCCCUGUCCCUCGGCGGGAGCAAGGGGCGUGCCCUGUCCCUCGGCGGGAGCAAGGGGCGUGCCCUGUCCCUCGGCGGGAGCAAGGGGCGUGCCCUGUCCCUCGGCGGGAGCAAGGGGCGUGCCCUGUCCCUCGGCGGGAGCAAGGGGCGUGCCCUGUCCCUCGGCGGGAGCAAGCGGCGUGCCCUGUCCCUCGGCGGGAGGAAGGGGCGUGCCCUCUUAAGGAGGGAGAGGUGUGCCCUAGCCCUCUGCGGGAGGAAGGGUGGUGCCCUAGCCCUCUGCGGGAGGAAGGGGCGUGCCCUGUCCCUCUGCGGGAGGAAGGGGCGUGCCCUCUUAAGGAGGGAGAGGUGUGCCCUAGCCCUCUGCGGGAGGAAGGGGCGUGCCCUAUCCCUCUGCGGGAGGAAGGGGCGUGCCCUAGCCCUCUGCGGGAGGAUGGGGCAUGCCCUAGCCCUCUGCGGGAGGAAGUGGCCUGCCCUAGCCCUCUGCGGGAGGAAGGGGCGUGCCCUCUUAAGGAGGGAGAGGUGUGCCCUAGCCCUCUGCGGGAGGAAGGGGGGUGCCCUAGCCCUCUGCGGGAGGAAGGGGCGUGCCCUAGCCCUCUGCGGGAGGAUGGGGCGUGCCCUAGCCCUCUGCGGGAGGAUGGGGCGUGCCCUAGCCCUCUGCGGGAGGAAGGGGCGUGCCCUAGCCCUCUGCGGGAGGAAGGGGCGUGCCCUAGCCCUCUGCGGGAGGAAGGGGCGUGCCCUAGCCCUCUGCGGGAGGAAGGGGCGUGCCCUAGCCCUCUGCGGGAGGAAGGGGCGUGCCCUAGCCCUCUGCGGGAGGAUGGGGCGUGCCCUAGCCCUCUGCGGGAGGAAGGGGCGUGCCCUAGCCCUCUGCGGGAGGAAGGGGCGGGCCCUAGCCCUCUGCGGGAGAUCGGGGCGGGCCCUAGCCCUCUGCGGGAGGAAGGGGCGUGCCCUAGCCCUCUGCGGGAGGAAGGGGCGGGCCCUAGCCCUCUGCGGGAGAUCGGGGCGGGCCCUAGCCCUCUGCGGGAGGAAGGGGCGGGCCCUAGCCCUCUAAAGGAGCAGGAGCCCAAAGAGUCUUCCUCAGGUGCUGAACCUGCGCAGGAGAUCCAGGUGACCGUUACCCUGACGGAGGGCCCGGAGUCUCCCCAGAGGUCUGGAACUCUAGUGGGCGUGUCAUCGCUCGCCUCCCAGAGUCCCGCAGCACCCAGGGCCGACGACGACCAACAGGAACUGGAAAUAUCGGACUCUCCAGAAGCGGCAAAAAGGGUGGCGCUUGAAGAGGCGUUGCCCCACAAUGCAGAGGAGACCAAAUCAGAGGAUUCCAAAACCACUUUAACUCCGCCCACCAAAGAAAUAUCCCAUGAGCCUUUGGAGGAGACUACCGAGGAGCCCCCUGUAGAGGAGGAGAAGCCUAUGGAAGUAGCACCUGUGGAAAUGACAUCUUCAGAUUUGGAACAGGCUGUUGAGGAGAAUGUUCUGGAACCUAUGCAGGAGGAGCAGGGUGCAGUUGCGGAAAAGGAGGUUGUGCAGAAGUUGCAGAAGGAGUUAGAGGACGAGGGGGAGGAUUUGCCUCCAAUUGUUUUAGAUGAGGGGGAGGUGUUGCCUUCAAAUAUAUUGCCAGUUGAAGAGGAUACAAUCAGAGAAAAGGAGCUUAGUCCCAUGGCUGAACUUCCUGAAUGGAAGAGCACGGUAGACAUGGAUACCACGGUAGAAAUGGAUACUACCCCUGCCAGCGACUGCAGCUUCUCGGACUUCGGCUCUCCGAGGGGAGAGAGCAAAGCCUCCAAGGCCUCCCCUGGAUUGUCUCCCAAGCUCUCGUUUGGGCUGGCCCCAUCCCCCUUAUCUACAGAGGCCUCCCCUAGGAAAGCCAGCCCACCCCAGGUUCAGGUCCAAAUCCAGGCCCAGGCUUCGCCUCAGGUCCAGCCUUAUCCUGGAUACAGUGCUUGUGUGCCUCCCACCAACACAACCUUUAUUCCCCUCACCCCCAAGAUUGGAAUGGGGAAGCCUGCCAUCUCCAAGAGGAAGUUCUCCCCAGGGAAGCCAAGGGUGAAGCAGGGAGCAUGGAGUAACCGUAGGGCUUCGAGCCCCCCCUCUUGGUCCCAGCAGGACCCCUCGGAGGGGGGGUGGGAUGGCCCACAAACCAGGCAGCUGCAAGAGGCACCCGUCUGGAGCAUGAGAGUGGGUCGUGGUUCAACCUUCCCUGGAAGGCGGAGACCCCGGGGGGCCAACCUGUCUGGGCGUGGGGGCCGCGGACGCUCCCGAGGACUCAAGGCCUACACCAGCUUUGCCGUAACCCCUGGGGCCACUUUUGUGGAGCAGCCGUACCUGGUGGUGGAGGAGAACACAAUGCAUAACACUGUGGUCAUGUUCUCAACCUCAGACCACUUCACACUCAGACAGGACAUGUGUGUGGUGUGUGGGAGUUUUGGCCAGGGGGCAGAGGGCAGGUUGCUGGCCUGCUCUCAGUGUGGCCAGUGUUACCAUCCCUUCUGUGUCAACAUCAAGAUCACCCGGGUGGUGCUGAGUAAAGGCUGGCGCUGUCUGGAGUGCACAGUGUGCGAGGCAUGUGGCCAGGCCAGCGACCCGGGCCGCCUGCUGCUGUGUGACGACUGUGACAUCAGCUACCACACCUACUGCUUGGAUCCGCCCCUACAGACAGUGCCCAAGGGCAGCUGGAAGUGCAAGUGGUGUGUCUCCUGUACCCAGUGCGGUGCCACCUCCCCUGGCCUGAGGUGUGACUGGCAGAACCACUACACCCUGUGUGGACCCUGUGGCAGCCUGGCAUCCUGCCCGGUGUGCAUGCACAGCUACCGUGAGGACGAGCUCAUCGUGCAGUGCCGCCAGUGUGACAGGUGGGUCCACGCGUGUUGCCAGGGCCUGAACACGGAUGAGGAGGUGGAGAAUGCAGCGGAUGAUGGCUUUGACUGCACCAUGUGUCGAAUGCACGCUCUGCCUUCACAGGGCAAAAUGAAAGCCCUCCUGUCUGAUGGCUGCGAGGCCCCGAUGGUGACCCAGAUGGUGACUAAAAUAAGAGAGCCAGCCAAUCAGAAGACAUACACCCAGGAUGGGGUGUGUCUGACAGAGUCGGGCAUGUGCCAGCUGCAGAGCCUGGUGGUGCCCUCUUCAUCGACCCGCCGAGGUCAGAACAGGCGACCCAAGCCCAAGCUCAAGCUGAAGAUCAUAAAUCAGAACAGUGUAGCUGUGCUCCAGACUCCACUGGACUCCCACUACUUAGAGCUGUCCCGGGACGGAUACAUGGACAACAACCGAGGGGACCUCAUGAUGUACUGUGACGUUAAGUCUGAGUCCAGCCCGGAACGGGAGCCCGUUGACGACGCCAAGGGUGCCGAAGACACCGACGGCAACAAGAAGAGGAAGAGGAAACCGUACCGGCCCGGUAUUGGAGGGUUUAUGGUCCGCCAGAGAAGCAGGACGGGACAAGGCAUAGCCAAACGAUCCCUAUCCAGGAAAGACUCAACGUGGUCGUUACCUGAGAACCCAAUGUGCAAAGAGGAGGGGUGGAACGAGACAGAGAGUACUCCAGUGGAGGAGACCCCACCGGUGCCUGAAUGUCAGGAGAAAGUCAAGAAAAGAUACCGCAAAAAGAAAACCAAACUGGAAGAGGAGUUCCCUUCGUACCUGCAGGAGGCCUUCUUCGGGAAGGGGCUGCUGGACAAGAGCAAGCAGAGCAGGCAGGCAGGCUUGCUGACCACGGGGCUCUGUGAGGAGCUGCUGGACAAGUGCAAGCAGAGCAGUCAGGCAGGCCUGGUGACCACGGGGCUCUGUGAGGAGAGCCCAGGGGCCCAUGCAGAGACCAAACCCCCCAGCGCCAGCUUCCUGGACCCCUUGUCGGACCCGCUGCUCAGUGCUACCUCCACCACUACACCCAUCUCCAGCAAAGCAGGACUGCCCGAUACCGAGGAUCCCUUAGUGGACCUUUCGGAAGUCCUGAGCACGGAUGCAGAUCUCCUGGGAAUGCUGUCGGAUGAUCUGGUGAAGUCGGGGCACAACUCAGGUCUUGAUUUAUGCCCUUUCCAAGUCGACUGCUCUUCCUCUCCGUUUGCUGGUCUGGACAUGGACCCCUUACCUGAUGAUCCCACUGGGCCCUGUCAGGGCUCGGCAGGCCGGGGGCCCAGGGCUCUACAGGAGGAGCCUCUGGACGUCAUCCUGAGCCCAGAACUGGACAAGAUGGUCGCAGAUGGUGCAAUUCUCAGUAAGCUCUACAAAAUCCCAGAGCUGGAGGGUAAAGACGUGGAGGACCUCUUCACAGCGGUCCUGAGUCCCAGCACCAGCCAGCCUCCACAGCUGCCUCAUCCCCAACCGGCCCACCCUGGGCCCAAUGUACCUAGAGCCGUGGCCAUUCCAAACACAGGCGACCAUGGAAUGUUUCCCCGCAUGCCAAUGAUAAACGGCAUGAUGGGGCCCAACCCUCACUUUCCUCCAACUCCCAUGAUGCCCGGCAGCACAGGCCCAUGUGGCCUGGGAAACUUCUCGCCCAUUCACAGAAUGCCUUUCCCAGACAAGAUUAGGGACAAGAAGUUUAGCCAGAUGGGGGGUGAUGUGGUUGGUUCAUGGAGCGCCCCCGGCCCCGUCCCUGGCCCCGUCCCACCUCCAGAGGGAGAGACAGACACCAUGUCCAACGCCCAGAGGAGCACGCUCAAGUGGGAGAAGGAGGAGACUCUGGGCGAGAUGGCCACCGUGGCCCCAGUCCUCUACACCAACGUCAACUUCCCCAACCUCCUAGAGGAGUUCCCAGACUGGGCUAUGAGAGUGAAACAAAUUGCAAAGUUAUGGAGGAAAGCCAGUUCCCAGGACAGGGCCCCAUAUGUGCAAAAAGCACGGGACAACCGGGCGGCCCUGCGCAUAAACAAAGUUCAGAUGUCAAAUGAUACGCUGAAGAGACACCAGCAUCCUCAGCAGCAGCAGCAACUGUUGACUGACACCUUUGACCCCAAUAGUGUCCCCUUGGACACUGAGCUGCUCUUCAAAGACUCUCUCAAGCCCAAGGAGUCUGAACACGAGCAGGAGUGGAAGUUCAGACAGGGAGAGUUAAAUCAGAUGUGGGGACCCCUUAAGAAGCAGCAGGAAAAGGUCCCAAAAAGCAAAGCCAUAAAAUCAACAAAUAAAGACGUCCUUUUUGGACAUUCCAACCAGGCAACUAUAGCUGCAGGAGGUGGAAAAAAUUCUCUGCAAAUGAGACAAAAGAGCAAGCAGCAGGCGAAGAUUGAAGCCACUCAAAAGCUGGAGCAGGUUAAAAAUGAGCAGCUCCAGCAACAACAACAACAACAACAGCUGUUUAGCAGUCAGACAGGUGGAGAUACAACCCCUAAUAGUGGUAACCAGAGCCCCAUGACUCCUCAGCCCAGCAAUGGAGGAAAGUCUGGAAACUCGUCCCCACUGCAGCCAAUAGUGUCUAAGGAUGGCUUCGCUAGACCACAACUCCCGGGCACACCCACCUCUGGGUCACAGGAUGACGUGUUCCUCAGACCCCAGCUCCCACCUCCGUCCUCGAGGACGCCCACCCAGGAGACCUCGUACCCUCAACAGGGACCAUCCUCCCAGCCCCAGUCACCACAUAUGUUUUCCCCGGAUUCCUCCUCAGGCUCCCGGCCGUCCUCGCCCUGGGACCCAUACGCCAAAAUGGUGGGCACCCCGAGACCGCCCCCUGGGGGUGGUGGAUCCACCACGUCCCGGCAGAACUCUCUGUCGGAGAUGCAGGAAAGGGGAGGGAGGCCUUCUGGUAAUGCUGACCCCUAUGCUAAGAUGCCAGACACCCCCAGGCCUCCUGUCCCCUUUGUUAAACCCAUGGGACCUGCCAGGGUGGGCCCUUCAGGACUGGCUGAGCAGCAGCAACACCAGCAGGUCAGGCACAACAUGAUGAGCCCUCCUUCUGGAGGAGAGACUUUUGCCAGGAUGGGCGGACACCGAGCCGAGGUCUACCAGCGCAUGUCUCACAACCGCAUGAUCCUCUCGGACCCCUACUCCAGGCCUUUGCUCACUCCCAUCCCUGGCAGCAACGAGUCAGGCUCCGUCUCGGUGUUCAAAGCCCCCAUGCCUCCCCAGCAGUCCCAGCAAGAGCCCUACGGUGGCCCUAUGCCUGGGGGACUUAAACGAGGGCCAUCUGAUGGCUUUCCCCAAGGACUACAGGCCGACCCUUACGCCCAGCAGCCUCUCACCCCCCGGCCACUCAUGGGGGAAGGGUUCCCCAACGAGCCCAAGAUGAUGUGCCAAACCCAGGAGGGCCAUUUCUCUCAACCCAUGCCAAUGAUUAGACACCCUCACAGAAACCCGUAUGCACAAGCGCCAUCUACCCCGAGACCGGAUUAUUCACAGCAGAUGUCUGACCCUUACACCCAACCACCAGGCACCCCCAGACCUCACUCUGAUAGCUAUGCUCAACCUCCCGGCACCCCAAGGCCACACUCGGAUCCCUCAUACCUGCAGACGCCGCCUAGCCUUCGUCUAGACCAGUUCCCCCAGCAGCACCCACCCAAUCACAGACCGUCUCCAUCUCACUCCUUGGAUCCUUAUGCUUCCAUGCCAGGUACCCCCAGACCAGCCCCAGGGGAUAGGUUUCCCAAAUCCCCCGGUAGUCAAAGGAACAUGGACCCGUAUGCCCAACAACCCGGAACACCAAGACCGCUCCUCGCUGACCCUUAUGCACAAGCUCCAGGGACGCCUCGGCCAGAAGCAGGCCCUGAUGCCUUCAAUCGACUAUGCUCCAGACCGACGCCCAUGUCCCAGCUCCCAGCUGACCCAUUCUCCCACCAGUCUCCGGGCAGGGUGCAGGACGGGUUUGCCUGUCCAAGCGCCCAGGGCUCGCAGACAGCUAAGCACCCGGGAAUGUCGGAUGAAAGUUUCUCUCUGCCGCAGUCGAAUCAUCACGGUGGUCAAACGCAGAUUCACGAUCCCUUUGAACUGGGUCCAAUGACACCUUAUGCCCAAACUUCGGAAAGGCAGGCCCAUGAUAUCCCUCAGUCUAGCAGAAACACCGUUGACACUCAGAACAGCAUGCUACCACACCUGGGAGACACUGAGGAGAAGCUCAGACAGCGCCAGAGACUGCGCCAGCAGAUCCUUAGGCAGCAACAACAGAAGUCUUCCAUCCGGCAAGAGAAAGGACUACUACAGGAAACUGUUGCAUCCCCCAGCCCGGGGACACCCCGCCACUGGUCACAUGACGAUCCCGCCCCACAGAAUGACAUGUUCGGCAGACCACCACCACCUUACCCAGGACCCAUGAGAGGAGCUCAGAGGUUCCCUGGUACCUUUCUAGGGGACCAGCGAGGACACUUCCCCAAUGAGGGCCAGUUUGCCAGACCCCACUUCCCCAGGGACAUGGGCAUGAGACCACAAGAAAUGAGGUUUGGAUUCCCUCCCAGCCCUCAAGGAUCCCUUCAACCAGGCCAGGAGCAACACUUCCUCAGGGCCCUUCACCAGAUGCCCGGUGGGCCCAUGGUCGACAAUGUUCCACCCCAGAUGAGAAUGUCUCACUCUGUGGACUUUUCCAGGGGGGUCAUGGGGGGCAACACCCAGAUGGGGCUCCCCCAGCCCUUCCCCCCACAGGGCCUUCCUGUCCAGCAGCACAACAUCAUGGGUCAGCCGUUCAUCGAGCUCCGCCACAGGGCCCCUCAGAACAGAAUGAGGAUGCCCUUUGGGCAUGGACCUCCCAAUGUCAUGGACCCCUCCAACCAGCCCCAGAUACCACCCCAGGGCUUCAUGGAAGGCCAGGAGAUGGGCUUCGCUGGGAACCAGUUAUCCAGAAUGAUGGACCCCAUGAUGGACAGUCCUUCCCAGGGAUCGGUCGGUCAUACACACAUGUCGGCUAGUAUGGAGAACCUGCACCAGCAGCAGACUGAAGUCCCAAUGACUAUGGGGCAGCGACAGCAUCCUUCACUGAAUAGGUCACUCAGCCACCCUGUCACUGGUGAGCCACUCAAUGCAGCGUCUAGUAUGCUCUUGCCUGGGUCUAGCACCGGUCAAACGGAAGAGACUCCGAUACCCAGUGGAGACGGAAUUGAGGAAAACUUGGACGCUGAAGACUCCGCAGUAAAGGACCUUGAAGAUGUGGAGGUCAAAGACCUGGUCGAUCUGAACCUGAACCUGGACCCAGAUGAUGGCAAAGACCUUGAACUGGGACCCAAUGACCUGCACCUCGACGACUUCCUCAUGUCAGGGAAGUUUGACCUCAUCGCCUACACAGACCCCGAGCUCAACCUGGAUGACAAGAAAGACAUGUUCAGUGAAGAAGAUCUGGACCUGGGUGACCCUAUGGAGGACCACCAACAGGGUGAGACCUCAGACCUCCAGAAAGCCUUGUCGGAGAAGAGGAAAGGCAGCGUGGAUGGCGCAGCCACCUCGUCCCGAUCCGGGGGGAAAUCUGACAAACGGGAGGCCAACGAAGCGAAAGAGACCUUAGACAUGUUUAAAACCGAGGAUACAAUCAAAACAGAGGUCAAAGAUGAACACGUGCAAAACCAGGACCAGUCUCUCUGCAGUGGCCCGAUGAAUGACAACAGAACCAUGACAAACCAAGAGGGCACAGGGCUGUAUGAGCAGCCUGGACAAACUGACUCCGGCUCAACUCCGGUCCUCUCCUGCCUUCUGAUCAAAGAAAAACUGGAAAACAUUGGGUUUGGCCCAAACUGCUCUCCUCAAAAAGGUAACAUGGCUGCACAGGCCACCGGGCUACACCCAAGCACCGGCAUGCUGAUGCUACCUAGGCAACACGCCCAAGACAACAGGCUCAAUCCCAGCGUGGCUAUGGGACAUCGGGUGAGCCCCACGUUGGUUCAGAGCAGACUUUCAAUGGGAAACCUCAGCUUCGGGGCCUCAGCCAACCAACAGGUGGAGCUCAACCUAGCCAUGGUUGGAGCCGGUCAGCAGCCCACUGCCCACGGCCUGAACCCCCAGGGCCAGCAGGGCAUAUUCCCCCAACAGCAGGGACCCUCACUGGGGCAGGCCGGCCCACAGAACAGGCCUCUGCUGCUGGAAGAGCAGCCCCUCCUCCUACAGGACCUGCUGGACCAGGAGAGGCAGGAGCAGCAGCAACAGAGGCAAAUGCAGGCCAUGAUCCGACAGCGCUCCAGCGACUCCUUCUUCCCCAAUAUGGCAGACUUUGAUGCCAUCACGGACCCGAUCAUGAAGGCCAAGAUGGUAGCUCUGAAGGGAAUCAAUAAAGUCAUGGCUCAAAACAGCAUGGGAAUGCCCCCAAUAGUCAUUAACAGAAUUCAGCAGACGCCAGGAGCACAUGGACCAGAUGCUGCCGCCGCUCUGCCUCAACAUGUGCUUGGACAGGACGGGAAGUUGGCUCCACAGAUGGCAAGACCAAACCCCCCAAAUUUUGGACCUGGAUUUGUCAACGACAGCCAGAGGAAGCAGUAUGAGGAGUGGCUCCAGGAGACCCAGCAGCUGCUCCAGAUGCAGCAGAAGUUUCUAGAAGAUCAGAUUGGGGCCCACAGGAAGUCCAAGAAGGCCCUGUCGGCCAAACAGCGGACUGCCAAGAAGGCGGGCCGGGAGUUCCCUGAGGAGGACGUCGAGCAGCUGAAGCAUGUGACCGAGCAGCAGAGUGUGGUGCAGAAGCAGUUGGAGCAGAUUCGGAAACAGCAGAAAGACCAUGCAGAGCUGAUAGAGGAGUACCGUGUCAAGCAGCAGCAGCAACGGCCAUGUCUCCAGGCUCCUAUGAUGCCACCCAUGCCUGGAAUGCAUACUCAAGCUGCCCCUAUGAUGCCCGGAGCGCCCCCUAUGGGCCAGCCCAUGAUGGGGCCCAUGAUGCCAAUGCAGCCCCACCCCAGCCAACAUAACCCUGCCUGCAUUCCCAACAUGCCAGGCUGGCACCCAGGGGGAGCCCAAGGACUGAUGGGAGGCCCAGGUCCAAGAAUUCCAGCUCACAUGCCCCCACAGAUGCCCCUUGCCAGCCCUGCCCAGUUGCCACCGCCCCAGUUACCACCCCAAGCCCAACUACCACCACAGCCCCCACCCUCAAUGGUGCCUGGCGCAAAAGCUACACCAACGGGAAACGGAGCAGGUGCCCAGGGAGCGAACGGUGGAAGUGGUGGUAACAGCCUCGCUGUGAAAUUUGACGACAACAACCCAUUCAGUGAGGGCUUCCAGGAGCGCGAGAGGCGGGACCGCCUGAGGGAACAGCAGGAGAGACAGAGGGUCCAGCUUAUGCAGGAGGUGGAGAGGCACCGGGCCAUGCAGCAGCGGCUGGAGAUGGAGCAGCAAGGCCUGGGUCUGGGGCCUACUGGGCUCCCAUCCGGCUCUGGAGCUACAAACCCCGGAGGGGAUAGCUUGGCCCACAUGCCAUUCUACAGUACUGAUCUGCCCCAAGACUUCAUGCAACCCUCUAGGCCUCAACAACAGCAGGGGCAGCUAGGGCCCAUGUACCCCGAGCAGAGCAACAUGCAGCCAAGCUUCACCAGCACUGGCGGGCCACUCGCAGGUCAGGGCUUCAUGCCGGAUGGUGAGCGCAGGUCCAUGCCUGGGAACAGGGCAUUUGGUAGUCCCGAGAUGGGUCCCAAUUUCCGGUCCAAAAUCCCCAUGCUACAGGGGCUUAACUACCCCCCUGGACAGCCCCGUCCCGCUGGGUUCAGAGACCGUGGGAUGAUGCCUCAGGUUGGGGGCGAGGGACAUGGACCCCCAUUCGGAAUGGACUCAUCCACCCCCCUACCUCCCAACUACCCCGGCUCAGGCCAGUCCUUGAUCCAGCUCUACUCCAACAUCAUCCCAGAGGAGAAGGCCAAGAAGAAGAGGAACAGGAAGAAGAAGAGAGACUCUGUCGACGACGCAGACUCAGUCAAGACCCCAUCCACUCCCCACUCAGACCUCUGCGCCCCACUGACUCCCUCCCACAUGUCUGACACCUCAUCCACCCCCACCCGGAGCCUCAGCAUUCCCGGAGAGCAGGAUCUGUCUGAUCUUUUCCUCCCUGUGGGGUCCUCGGGUUUGGCCCCCUCCUCAGAACUGGAGAGGCAGCUCUCGGGCAGCAGCUUAGCCCAGGGUGGGCUCUCCAACAUGGGCUCGGAGAAUGAUCGGGCCUCCCUGUUUGACGAAACCCUCCAAAUCAAGCUGGAGAGGAUAGAGACUGAGUGCAGAGGGGCCGUGGCAGCCAACGAAGGGUCUGCCUUGUGGCACGGUCCCCGAGCCGGGGGGAUAGUGAAGGAGGAGGAGGGAAGCGAGGGGGGGCUCUGUUCGCCACUCCAUGGCGCCAAAGGGGGGGACGCAGGGAAUGAGCUGCUUAAGCACCUGCUGAAAAACAAGAGUACGUCCCCGCCAGGUGCCAGCUCCAACCAGGCCCCUCCCACACAGCAGAUGUCCUGCAACAGCCUUAGCUCAGAGCAGGAGGCCUCGGCAGACCUCAAAGCCACCGCCAGGCCGGCCUCCACCACCAACAACAUGACUCCCCCACACAGUCAGCUGACAGGAAGCACAGAGCUUCUAGAACCCUCGGUUCCGGCACAGGGCAAAAGGAAGCAGCAACGCAACAAACGGACGCCCAAAAACGGGGCGGAGAAACCGCCGUCACGCUACAAGAGGAGGAAGAAGGAGGAAGAGGAGAGGCAGAUCGGUUAUUCCAGUACUGACAGUCUGACACAGCUCAAACGGCAGCUCUCUCUGCUGCCCCUGAUGGAGCCCCUAAUGGGGGUCAACUUUGCCCACUUCCCACCCUUCGGCAGCGGGCAUGUCAACGGGGAGAACAGGCUGUCGGGCUCCUUCGGCAGCGCCUCUCUGGACGGCGUGUCAGACUACUAUUCACAGCUCAUCUACAAGCAGAACAACUUGAGCAACCCACCUACCCCUCCAGCAUCACUUCCACCCACGCCGCCUCCCAUGGCGAGGCAGAAGAUGGUCAACGGGUUCGCCACGGCCGAGGACCUCGCCAGGAAAGCUGCUGUCUUGGGCAGCCAUGAUGUGAUCAAAGGACUGGGAGCCAAGCAGCUACCUACAGCAUUCCGGACAGAGGAAGACCUCAUGGCCCAUGACAUCACCCAGGGGCCCAAGACAGUGGACGUUCCCGCCUCGCUCCCCACACCACCCCAUAACAACCAGGAGGAACUCAGGGGCCAGGACCACUGUGUAGACAGGGACACCCCCGACAGCUUUGUCCCCUCCUCAUCCCCCGAGAGCGUAGUCGGCAUGGAGAUCAGCCGCUACCCCGACCUGUCAAAGGUCAAGGAGGAGCCCACCUCGCCUUGCUCCUCUCCCGUCAUACCCAUGCUGCCUAGCGCCAGUGGGAAAGGAACUGAGAUAAAGCAAGAGGUCAAGACUGAACCCUCAAGCACCUUCUUCGGGUCCCAGUUUGGACAGCCUCCAUCCUGUGCCAAAGCUGGCCUGGUAUCCAUAGAAAUCACCUUGAAUCCGGUCUCAGCGGAGAACAUCCCUGGCGUUGUGGCUGCGGUGGCCGAUCUACUGUGUGUGACCAUCCCCGGCAGCUACGAGGUGAGCCGCAGCCCAGAGCGCAGCUCCCUGGCCUUACUGGCUGGACUCAAGGUGCCUCAGACCCAGGGAAUGGACCCCCUUCACGUAUCCAUGUUUCCCCAGCACCAGCAGCCCCCCACCAUGAGGUCCCUGAGACCCCCUGGAUCACCCAACCAUCCCAGAAUUAGCCUGCCAUUUCAGCCCAUUGGCCCACCCACCAGCGCAGGUUCAGCUGCCAGGGGGGAGGGGCCUAAACCCCAGUGGUGCUGCCACUGCAAGGUGGUGGUUCUGGGAAACGGAGUGCGCAAGUCCACCAAAGACCUAGCCUGCAGCAAACGGGAGAGACCGAGCCAGGUCUUCUGCAGCUACAACUGUUUUGUCCUCCACACUGCAGCCACACAGUCCAAAGCCACAGACAGUAAGCCAAACACGUCUCCUCUCUUGCCUGAGUCGUCGGUCAAAGAGAGCCCGUCCAAGGUGCUCCACCAGUAUAGUAACAACAUGUCCACACUGGACGUCCACUGCCUGGCCCAGCUGCAGCCCAAACAGUCUGCCCCCUCCAGCCCCCCUCCCAUCUCCUUCCCCACAGAGAAACCCAAGCCGGACACCCUCAAGGUGACGGUCAAGCUCAAGCCAAGGCCCCGAGCAGUCCACUCUGCCAGCGGGGGUGGUGAUGACAUGUCGCCCCGCCACCACAAGCGCUGGAAGGGCCUGCGCUGGCGCAAGUGGAGUGUACACGUCGUGUUUCCCACUAGAGGCAGCCUGCUCUCCUCUCUGCCUGGUGAGGAUGAGGUGGAUGAGCUGCUGAGGAAGCUGGGUGCCUCUCUGCGUCCUGAUCCCCUCCCCCGGGACCUGCGGCGUUGCUGCUUUUGCCACGAGGAGGGCGAUGGCAUGACAGACGGCCCCGCACGCCUCCUCAACCUGGACCUGGACCUGUGGGUACACCUGAACUGCGCUCUGUGGUCAUCUGAGGUGUAUGAGACGCAGGCGGGCGCCCUGAUCAACGUGGAGCUGGCACUGCGGCGGGGCAUGGCGGUGCGCUGCACCUACUGCCAGCAGACAGGCGCCACCAGUGGCUGCCACCGGUUGCGCUGCGGCAACGCCUACCACUUCACUUGCGCGCUCAAGGCCCAGUGCACCUUCUUCAAGGACAAGACAAUGCUGUGUCACCUGCACCGGCCCCGUGGCAUCGGCGGUGGCGAUGGGAGAUUAGGCGACAGGGCCGUGGCGCCCGCCACUACCCACCACGACCAGGAGCUGCGAUGCUUCACAGUGUUCCGCCGCGUCUACGUGCAACGCGACGAGGCACGGCAGAUGGCCAGCAUCGUGCAGCGUGGCGAGCGCCGGCACACGUUCCGCGUGGGAAGCCUGGUGUUCCACACCGUGGGUCAGCUGCUGCCCCAGCAGAUGGCUGCCUUCCACUCAGCGAACGCCAUCUUCCCCGUGGGCUACCGGGCCAGCCGCAUCUACUGGAGCACACGCCAAGGCAACCACCGAUGCCGCUACCUGUGCUCGGUGGAGGAGAACGAGGGCCAGCCGGAGUUUGUGGUGCGGAUGAUAGAGCAAGGCUACGAUGACCUGGUGCUCACCGGCGCCUCACCCAAAGGUGUAUGGGACAAGAUUCUGGAGCCUGUGGCUGACCGGCGUAACGAAUCAGGAACUCUGAAACUGUUCCCCGUCUACUUGAAGGGAGAGGACCUGUUUGGAUUCACUGUCACCGCCGUCACCAGGAUCGUAGAAUCGCUCCCCGGAGUAGAAGCCUGUGACAGAUAUACUUUCCGGUUCGGACGCAACCCUCUCAUGGAGCUCCCCUUGGCCAUAAACCCAACUGGCAGUGCCCGCUCAGAACCCAAGGCCUGCAGCCAUGUCAAGAGGUUGGUGUUAAGACCUCACACUUUGUCCAGCACCGGCAUCGUCUCCUCUAAGUCCAUGCAGACGGUUGGCAGCGUGGGUGUGGUGGAAGCACCGGAAGAGGUGAUCCCCAAGCAGUUUGCAUCCGUCCCCUUCCAGUACCGACGCAUGAAAGCUGAGUGGAAGAGCAACGUGUACCUGGCGCGCUCCCGCAUUCAGGGGUUGGGUCUGUACGCCGCCAGGGACAUUGAGUCCCACACCAUGGUGAUUGAGUACAUUGGUACCCUCAUUCGCAACGAGGUCGCCAACCGGAUGGAGAAGAUGUACGAAUCCCAGAACCGUGGAGUCUACAUGUUCCGCCUGGACAGUGAGCAUGUUGUCGACGCCACCAUCACUGGCGGACCAGCAAGAUACAUCAACCACUCCUGCGCCCCGAACUGCAUCGCCGAGGCCGUGAGCUUGGAGAGAGGCGACAAGAUCAUCAUCAGCUCUUGCCGCAAUAUCCAGAGAGGAGAAGAGCUGUGCUACGACUACAAAUUUGACCUGGAGGACGACCAGCAUAAGAUCCCUUGUCACUGUGGUGCGGUUAAUUGCCGGAAAUGGAUGAAUUAGAACAGGGACAGUUGGGGCAAAAUACAGGCUACAACACUUCCAAAUUAUGGCGCGCACACACAUUCCUUGUUAUCUUUCUAUAUGCUUGUUGGUUCGUCAGCUGAAAAACAUAUUACUUAAACAAAGACAACUUAUCAGGGCAAGACACUGACCGCAGAACUGUUAGAGAAGACUAAAGAGGGAAGGGGCAUCGCAGGCACGAAGACAAUUCUUUUGGAGGCUGAGAACCGAGUCUUUCACUUUAUAUAUAUAUAUAUAAAUGAAUGGAUUAGGGGAGGGUGUUUUGGGGUAGAAUUCACCAGUUGACCAGGAGAGUUUUGUGCUGGCCACCGCCUUAUUUAGUUAUUGAGGCAGGUCCUCUGGAUUAUGAAAUAUAUACAAAUAUAUAUAUACAUAUAGUUACAGAAAUGUAGACACCACUGAACAAGGAAUGUACAGAGAAGACUUCCUUAGGGACAAAGCUAAGGGAUUGUUAACUUGCACUAAAACAAAUUUAGUCGAAAAUACUUGAUUCCAUGAGUCAGUUUUUUUCCUUUUAUGUAAAAUACGAGAAUUUUUGUAUUUAUUAUCGAAUCGCCGGCAAACUGCUGCCCAGGUGUUCAGUCUGAUCAGAACGUGUUACUUUAUACAAAGUGUAAAUAGUCAAUUAAGUAAACAAUUGACCAAAUGCUACCAUAACUACAUCAUGGCUGUUUGGGUGAAUACAUUUUUUUUGAGAAAAGUAUUUAAGAAGGAUGUCAUAUCAUUCUAAGAGUUUAUGUGCUGUAUAAAACUGUACAGAAUGUGUAAAAAAAAAAAAAUCUAGAGUAUUUUUGUUGUAUUUAGAAUUAAGUUGUGUUGUCAAAUUCUGACCACUUGAAGAAUAUACUUUGCGUUUCAUUUUCCUUAGGACAAUUUCUGUUUGCAUUGACACGCGCAAUCAAAGAGAGCACCAAUCACAUCGAGACGACUGAAAUCCUAACCCUAGUUAAUCUGACGUGAAUGUAGAAUUAGAGAGAACUGUGAAUUUAAGGUUGGAAGCCACCCAUACCAUCAGUUAGCUUCUUUAGCUGUAUGUGUACAGCAGUCACUCUGAGAUUCACCUCAUACAGAUAAUGCUGUGCUUGGGGGGAAAAAUGCCUUUUACUUACCAGUUGCAGGAGACACAAUUAUGCUUUUCACAUGAAAUUAUUUUUGUUUUUUGUUUACAUUUCUUAAACAUUCUGUUUAGUGCUGGCUAGUUGAGAAGAAAUAUGCUACUGUAUGAUAAUUUUGAUUUCUUUACACUCAAUCACGAAAAUUGGAAUCUGGUACUAGCAUUUCGUUGACCAGUUUGAAAUGAAGUUUUCAUUUGUGUGCACAACUUAAGUGAACUGUACAAAAGUUGGUAUAUUCAGUCUUGUUGUAAUAAACAGUACAUGGCAUGAUGUAUUUUUAAACUUUCAGAAGAAUCAAUUGUAUAUCAUUUUCCAUAAUGGUUAAUGAAAUUUGUUUCUUGGAUAUUUUCUCCUCUUGUACAAUAUUCAGACCUCUUUUAAUAGUGUCUCUUUUCUUUGUCCUGUAUAGUAAUGUCUAAAAAGCCUUUUUGAAGUAUACAGCGUGUGAUGGAGUUUGGAAUCAGAUUUAGGAUCAUUUACAAAAAAUAAAAUAUUUUACAUCUUA